UGACAGUCAGUAACAGAGAGGCAGUGACGCCCCAGAAGGGACGCCGAGUGGAGGCGGUGGUGAGUACAUACUGCCCUCGUCUCUUUGUUCCCCGACCCUCCCUCUGUGUACCGCGUCUACAGCAACUAAGAAUCGACGUUUACUAUCGACGUCACGAUGAGAGGUGAUGGUGGAGGGAAAGUGUUGGCGGUGUUGGCGGUGUUGUGUGCAGCUGCCGCCUGGGACCUGGCGGAGGAGGAGACGAUGGGACAACCACAACUGGAUACCGACAUCGUCCCUCCUACAGUGGCACCAAGAGACUACCUUGAGGGAGAGGUCCUGGAAGAUGCUCUAGGCGACUGGCUUACCCAAUUCGACACCUACACCUUCAUGGUAAAACAAGACGUCGACAGCAGCUUUGACGAAGAGAACACUGCGGGAGACGAGGAUAUACUCACCGAUGAGGAAGGAGCACCCGGCGAGGAGACGUCUACUAACGAGGAAGACGAUCAUGCCUCCUUCGCCCCAAUCUCCGUCCUACUGAGUGAGGAUGGUCUUCUCAACCCUCACCUCGACUACAGAGUGCUGGUGGAGUCACUGGUGGCCGAGGAAGGCUUCGUGUUCAUCACCCUUGGGAAGUAUGCCAACAAGUCGUCAUGUGGUGUGGGCGGGUUCUCCAAAAACUCCACUCCAAACGUUACUGAGAGUCGACUGGACAUUGAACAUCAGCUGGAGGACUUCAACACAACUAUCAUCGCAUUUGCUCUCGAGUCUAAGAGUACCUUCAGUUCCCUUAGUUCUUCCUGGGAUGAAAUCAGUGAAGAUUUCUGGUGGGUGGAAGGCAAGCUGGUGGGAGGAGGGAUUCUGUCCCUUACCUUCACACCCCCAGUGUGUGGCUGUCUCACCUUGAGCACCUACUAUGCUCUUCCUGUGGGAAACCUGACUUUGGUGGUUGGUCCUCAGGCCUAUCCAGCAGAGCUCCAAAAGUUAGUGUGUGUUGACCCCUCAGCCAGGUACGAGGCAUCUGAGGAAGGUGACGAGGAGGCUGACGAAGACCACAUCUUACAGGACAUUGGGCAUCCAAUUGUUGCAAAUUUCAUGGCUGAAGAUCUACAUGGUGAAGCAGAAGACACAGAGGAAGAUGAGGGACAAGACAGUAAAGACCCCAACCAGCCUGAGAGGACUCCAAGACCAGGAAAACUAGGGCGGCGAUUCAAAGGACAAAGGGGAAAGAAAACUGCUAAACGUCUGGAGAAGAAGAGGAGGAGACAAGAGAGGCGGCAGAGGAUCCGGCAAGCUGGGAGACAAAAGGUUCGCCUCCAGACCAAUCAGGAGAACCGUGCAAACAGAACUCUCUGGAAGAACAACAAGAAGAGGCGUCAGAACAGGAAACAAGGGCGACAUGGUAAGAAGGCCUGGAGAAAGUUUAAGAAGCAAAACAGAAAAGGAAAACGCAACAAGUUCUUCUCGAGACACCACAAUGAGUCUUCUGCCCUGCCAGGUAACACCACAGAGGAACAUAUGGAGGACCACCAUGAGGAACUCAAUUCCACGCAGCAACUGAUUGAAGAUGAGAGACUGGUAGACAUUCUACUUGGUGGAACAUCUAACACCAGUGAGGUGGACAGCAGUUUUGAAAGCCUUCUUCUGGAAGGAGGCCAUGAUCUGGAAGAAAAUGACGAAGCAGAAGCCAAUGAUAUUCCAGGUGACAUGGUGGAAGCAUCACCAAGAUCCCGCAGAAAAAACAGGAGACAACAAAGAAAGAAGAGACGCAGGGAGAAAAAGAAGAUCUAUAGUCCUGGGGAAAAGUUUUGCUGUAAGCAGGGUGUUAAACACAAGAAAUACAUAAUUCUGGUCAAUACCUCAGUUGAGGAAGGAGAUGUAUCUCCAGUUUCCUGCAACUCCACUCAUGAUGUUGUGACAACUUUUGCCAUUCAUCAGUUUGCAAUUGCUGAGGACCAGUGUGAAGCAAACUUUUUAAUAUGUUGCUCAAAGUUCACAUCUGAAAUGUGGGAUGCUAUCAAAGCAAAGAAAACAGCACGCAGAGUGCAACGGAAGGAGAGACGAAAGGAACGUCGCCAGCAUCGCAAGCAGCAACGGAAGGAACUACGCAAGCAACGCAAGCAGGAAAGGAGACGACAUCGGUGGCAAAAUGUGCAGGAAAAUGAGUUGGAGGAAGACUAUGAUAUCACGGUCAGACCCUCGAUUGGUACAAUAGUUUAGAAGACAAAAGGGAUAGGUUGAAUAUAGAGAAGGUGAGAUUUUUUUUCAAGUAUUAGUAGAGAUUGUUCCAUGUCAAUAAAAAGUGUUCUUUCUUUGGAUGAUGAUGUCAACAAAAUCGCUCUCAAUACUGUAUAGAAAGGAGUCUAUACGAUGAGACAGAAUUGGGAAUAUGAUGAUAAUAGAUUAAACUCUAGUUGGAAAUCUGAUGCUUGUAAAUGUAACUCUUACUGAAAAUCUGACAUCUAGAGUUUGAACUCAAUUAUGAGAACUGACUCUUGAGAUAUGAUCUAAGCAUGGAGGUCUGAGAUUUAAGAGAUGGAACUUUUAUAAAGGGAUGAAACUCCUGAAAUUUUAUUAUAAUGAAUAAUAUUGCACAGUGUUUCAUUAGUGUUGGAGGAAUCAUGAGUUGUCCAUCAACAUGUGAAAGAAGGUUUUGAGUAAUAAUGAAGAAGUAAUUAAAACUUUAUACAGUAUUAUUUGGAGAAAACACUCAGGAGGACCACAGCCCAUCUUCACACAAUAAAUGAAGAUUUAAUUGAUUAAAUAAGUAAGUAUUUUUUCAUUAAAUGCUCAAAAUCUUUUAUCAUUAUUAAUACUUAUGACCUUGUAAGUAGUGAUGGGUUCAUUAUCACCUUGAAGUGACAUUAGCAGUGGUGGCUGAUCACAAGUGUAGGUUUAGUUGGGUAGUUACAUAGCCCCUUGUGCACCAUUCAUUUUCCUAUAGGCCAAUCAUUUUUUUACCAGACAAUGAUAAAUAUCUCUGAAAACUAUAAUUUGUCAUUAUAAUAAAGAAUUUCUGAUAAAGGUA